AAACAAAGCAGAGCAUGAUAUCUUUGUCUUAAAAUCAAAAUAAAAAUCAUUAAAGAAUUAUUUCCAAAUCUAAAACCCUUUUCUUUCCUAUUUUUCACUCUUAAGCUUCCACUCUACUACUAUUGCAGCUCUUUCUCUACCUUUCCCCCCCCUAAAAAGUUCGCAUUUUUCUUUGCCAAUUCUCCAUUGCAGUGUUUGGGGAUUGACAGGUUGUUGGAUAUAGAGUUGUUGAGGUAAAGUGAGCGACGGAGGUAGACAUGAGAGGACCUCUGGGGGCGGUGAUAGGAAGGUACCCAUCAAGCGACGGGACUGCACAGACGGACGGGAUCGUUAGGCGCAACAGGAAAUGCAGGGAUGUUGCUUUUCUUGUCGUCUUUAUAGCAUUCUGGGUUGCCAUGAUCGUCAACUCAAGCUUUGGAUUCAACCAAGGGAAUCCGUUAAGGCUCAUCUAUGGACUGGACUAUAAAGGGAAUGUGUGUGGUGACAAGCAUGCUCAUCCUGGCCUUCGUCAACUGGAACUUAGAUACUGGUUAAAUCCUAAUCAGGUUUAUCAAAGCGGUCUGAAGGAUGACCAAUUCAAGUUGGCUGAUGCCCGGAGUAUAUGCUUGUUGGAUUGCCCAAACCCUUCGGAAGAUUCACUAAACUGGGUGUGUGACUAUCCAGAAGGAGAGAUUCGUCUUUCUAUGGAUGACUGGAUUGAUAGGAAUUAUGAUUAUUUUGAGUUCCUUACACCAGAGAUGCGAAACACUUCUCUUCAACUUCAGGGGCCCUGUUAUCCUGUUAUAUUUCCAAGUGUAAAUGUUUAUUGGAGCUGCCAAUUUAUUGCUCGUGCAUCAAACACAUCUUUGCGGCAUUGGCAGCAGAUGGGUGGUGUGAACAUCAGGGAAGACAUUAUAAUAGAUAAAUCAAUCCACAGGUCCAUCAAUUCUCGGUCAUCGGUUCUAAAGCGCUAUGUGGCUGAUAUUGGGAAGUCAUGGCCUGUUUUGAUUGUUUGUGGAGGACUCCUGCCGCUAUUUUUGUCAGUGAUUUGGUUGCUGAUGAUUCGACAUUUUGUUGUUGCAAUGCCUUGGAUAACUGUUGCCAUCUUUAAUAUACUCAUAAUAGCAGUCACAAUGUUCUACUACUUGAAAGCUGGAUGGAUUGGAAAUGAUGCUGUAUCUCCCAUCAUUGGUGAGCAUGAUCCAUAUUAUCACGUAUUUGGACGGGAGCUUAAUCAUCUAAGGGCCGUUGCAAUUCUUAUGACUUUUAUUAUGGUUGUUUCUGUCCUUACAUCAAUUGCCAUCAUCCGCCGCAUCCUCAUGGCAACAUCAGUUCUCAAGGUGGCUGCAAAGGUCAUAGGAGAGGUUCGAGCGCUCAUAAUUUUUCCAAUCAUACCAUAUGCGGUUCUUGGAAUAUUUUACAUGUUCUGGAUAUCAGCUGGCCUUCAUCUGUUCAGUUCAGGCCAUAUUAUCCAGAAUAAUUGCAAUUCCAAUUGUUGUGCUUAUGAUCUUGUCUCCAAACGAGUGAACUGUGAUCAUUGCUGUGGUUAUAGCAUCAGCUACACUCCUCAUAUUGCAAUUGCUAUAUUUUUCCAUCUAUUUGGGUGUUACUGGGCUACACAGUUUUUCAUAGCAUCAUCUGCAACUGUGAUUGCGGGUUCUGUUGCCUCUUAUUAUUGGGCUCGUGGUGAAACAUCGCCAGAGAUUCCGUUUCUUCCAGUUUUCUCCUCUAUGAAGCGACUCAUCAAAUAUAGCCUUGGGUCUGUUGCCCUUGGCUCCUUGACUGUCUCAUUUGUGGAAUCAAUCCGCUUCAUGCUCGAGUCAAUUCGUCGCAAACUGAAAGUUUCUGGCAGUAUUCCAGAAAAUUGGCUUGGAAGGAUGGCAUUCUACAUUUCUCGGGGCUGUCUAAGGGGCAUUGAGUGGACAACCAAAUCUUUCAACCGCAAUGCCUAUAUAAUGAUUGCAAUAACUGGGAAAAGCUUCUGUAAGGCUUCUGCAAUUGCAACCGAGUUAAUUGUUAACAACAUCCUUAGGAUAGGAAGGGUGAACGUGAUUGGAGACGUUAUACUAUUUCUUGGGAAGUUGUGUGUCAGCCUUUCAAGUGCUAUUUUUGCUUUUCUCAUGCUGGAUACCCACAAAUACAGAUCUGCUCAUGACAAAAUCUCAUCCCCGCUCUUUCCUGUUUUGGCUUGCUGGGGUCUCGGUUACAUUGUUGCCGCUCUAUUUUUUGCUGUGGUGGAGAUGUCAAUCGACACCAUCAUUCUUUCCUUCUGCCAGGACUCAGAAGAGCACCAAGGAACAGCACAAUAUGCUCUCCUCUUCUCAUUGAACUCUCACGACAAACGA